CAGUUUCACUCCUCAUCUAAUCCGAGCUGCUCAACACUUCAUUUACGACAACACUAUUCUUUAACGAUCAUAGAUAGACACUCCACUUCAACCUCAACCACCUGAUCGUCUGCAACAUGUUCGGAGCUUGUGCUUCUCUCGGUACCAUGCUUACCCUCGCAGCUGGUAUCUUAUAUAUCUUUUUCUCAAUCGGAAAUUUCACAAUACAUCAACUGGUUCCAAAGCACAUUCGGAUUGUCCAAAUUUCUACUUUUGGUCUUGGAGCAGCUCUCUCAGGUCAACUUAGCGGAUCAGCUCAGCAAGGCUUUACAAAUUCAAGUUUGUAUGGAAACCCAGAUCAAGAACUCAAUCAACGCAAUCCCGGUGAUGGUCUUCGUACCUAUUAUACGUGGGGAUUAUGGAAUUAUUGCGCGGGGUACAAUGGGCCAUCGAAUCUACAAUACUGUACGAGUACGAAAUGGGCUCACCGAUUUCAGCCUACAGCUGCCCUCGUGGCAGAUGCUCCUACAGCAUAUCAAUCAGCUUUAAACAAUCUACUCUCAGACCAAUUUGAGCGAAUCAAAUCCGAUCGAUAUCUAGGAGUUUGGAGUCGAAUUGCGUUUUAUUUCCUUUUUGUCUCGGUUGCAUUACUUGGAAUUAUGAUCUUAGCAGGUGGAGGUAGUUCAGCAGGUAGAGGUGCGAGUUGUGCAGCUAUUGCACUUAACUUGUUGGUUUUUGGUACUGCUGUGAUUGGUACUAUGAUUUGGACGAUUAUGGUUUCAAUCUUGAAACAUAGAUUGAAUAAACAAACUAUCUCUAAUGGAAUCCCAUUAGGAAUUGUAGCUGAAUAUGGCAAUGCGAUUUGGAUUUUAUGGGCUAUUGAUGGUAUACUUUUGAUUUCAUUUAUACCCUAUAUCUUCGCUUGUAUUGCUGGUCGUCGAAAAUGAUGAUAAGUACGAAUAUUGGAAAAAGUCACCAUGAACAAAUAAAGAGGUGUUCAUAUCUUUCAAUCAUCUCAUUUUCUUCACAGUUCACAUCCAAGAAACCUUUCUUUACUCUUCCACAUAAUUCUUUUCCGGUUUUUUAUACUUUGAUUUAAAUCAUCUAAAGAAAGUACACUUAUUUUUCACAUAUAUAUGUACAUAUGGUUUUCAAUCUUUUUUUUCCUUUUUCUUUUGUAGUAAAUUUCUUGAGAUUCAUUCAGAGAGGUAUAUACAUUAGUCUUAACAGUUUACGAUUUCGAGUUUUUUUAUUGGUUUUUUUGUUUUUUAACUUUUCGAUAUGAACUUUAUAAAUAUGAUGAGUCAUUGAAAUAAUGUCUGCAGUCAUGUUAUUGG